AUGUUUUGGUCUAUUGACAUCCUGUUCAUUAUCCAUAUGAUUAUCUAUCCAAUCUAUCUAUUAUCUAUUAAGUCCGUACAUUUUUUCUAUUGUUCUUUCUUUCUUUCAAAUGUACAUCGUUAUCUAUUCAUGUAUCUAUCUAUCUAUCUAUCUAAAUCUAUCAUGUCUGCCAUUAUCUAUUCAUCUAUUAUCCAUCCAUGGUCAUCUACAUCAUUCAUCACUGUUCAUUAUCUAUCUAUCUAUCUAUCUAUCUAUCUAUCUAUCUAUCACUAUCUAUCUAUCUAUUCAUCUAUCAUUCAUCUAUUAUCAUUUCAUCUAUCUAUCUAUCACUGUUCAUUAUCUAUUCAUUCAUCUAUCUAUCUAUUAUCUAUCUAUCUAUCACUGUCGGUUCAUUAUCUAUCAUUCAUUCAUCUAUCUAUCUAUCUAUCUAUCACUGUUCAUUAUCUAUCUAUCUAUCUAUCUAUCUAUCUAUCACUGUUCAUUAUCUAUCAUUAUCUAUCUAUCUAUAUCUAUCUAUCACUGUCGGUUCAUUAUCUCAUCUAUCUAUCUAUCUAUCUAUAUAUCUAUCUAUCUAUCACAGUCUGUACAUUUCAUUCUAUCUAUCUAUCUAUCUAUCUAUCUAUCUAUCUAUCUAUCUAUCUAUUCAUUAUCUAA